AACUCCUCGGCGGUGCCACCGGGUCCAACCCCAAGUCAUCUGCUGCCAUCGCCUCAUCAACUUGUCUCGGCGAAGAACCCUCUCUGUCGUUCUUGGCAUAAGGCGGCGCAACAAUGCAGCACGGGCUUGACGGACACGACGGGCUCCAGCCCGACAAGCAACAGGCCAGUCGAGGCAGUUUGCGAGAGUCACUCCACCGUGCCCACCAGCGAGUUCGGUGCGAGUCAAGUUACGUCAUCUCGUUUCCAAGUUGGACCCCCGUGCCCAGAGCCCCCGAAAGCCAAGUCUCCAUCGCACCAAAAUUCGCCUUUGCCUCAAACAUUCGACGGAAGACUGUUGUGUGCGGACAAAAAAACGUGCAAUCCGUGCAAUCCGUACAAUCUGUGCAAUCUGUGCAACUGUCGCAAACUGCACCCCGCCCCAACAUCCUUGUAACCUCCCCUGCAGCCUUCUUUGGGGACUUGGGGUCCUUUUUAUUCGACAAAUCUCCUCUUUCGUCCAUGUCACGGCAUCUGCCUUCAUUCCUCGACCAAACGAGUCUCCAAGUCAAAGGUCUCAAUUCAUCAUCAUCUACAUUAUUAAAUCUCCCUUCCACCAUCGACACCACGGCUGACCAUACGCUUUUCGAAGACAACGCUGUCGCCCCGCCGCAGCUACAAGGCGCGUCACUGCGGAAACUUGCUAUGAGCCAUCGGAUGGGUGCAGCGUUUUCCGGCCCUUCUUCACCUACGAUCCAAGCCAACGGAGAUGGCCGCAAUGCGGACGCGCAUCAUCUCGACGCCCAAUUGCCACCUCCGGUCUUGACGAAUGCCCUCAAGACUUUAAAAACUUCCGAUCCCGGCGUGCCCGUCCUUCCCAAUGGACCCCCCACUGGACCCCCCAACGGCCUUCACUAUGACUCGCCCUAUUCGCACAGCAUCUCCUCCACGGCACCGGCUUCACCUCGGAUCCCGCCGGUCCGACAAAACUCUGGGAGCCACACGCCGAGAGUCCGUCCGCAUGCGACGACGCUCAACAUCCCAGGCAUGACACGCUCGAGGGCAUCUCCCGACGGCCGCAUCCCCGACAGAGACGUGGCUGCCAAGUUGGUCAUCAUCAUGGUCGGCCUCCCAGCGCGGGGCAAAUCCUACAUCACGAAGAAGUUGCACCGCUACCUGUCCUGGCAACAGCACAAUGCCAAGAUCUUCAAUGUGGGCAACCGCCGGCGCCUUGCCGCGGGCGUGGCCAAUCCCGCAGAUAUGUCGCCGACUUCUACAAACAACAGGAAUGAUGUGCCGAGCCAGGCGGCGACGAUCCUGUCAAAGGGAACACAGGGUCCCGACAUUGUCCUAGACGAGCCGACGAAACUCGACCUUAACAAGGCCAAAUCCAGCGAAAAAAUGGACCAGUCGGCCAAUUUCUUCGACCCGAAGAAUGAAACUGCGGCCAAGAUACGCGAGCAGGUGGCGCUUGACACGCUCGACGAGCUGCUCGCAUAUCUCCUCCACCAGGGUGGUGCUGUGGGAAUACUGGAUGCGACUAACAGCACCAUUCAUCGGCGAAAGCUUCUCGUAGACCACAUCCAGGCGAGGGAGCCAAAGCUGGGCAUUCUCUUCAUCGAAAGCGUCUGCCAUGACCAAAAUCUCCUCGAGGCAAAUAUGCGGCUCAAGCUCUUCGGGCCUGACUACAAGGACCAAGACCCGCACAAAGCCCUGGAGGAUUUCAAGAAAAGAGUCAAGGCGUACGAGAGUGCGUACGAGCCGCUGGGCAAGUGGGAAGAGGACCACGACCUCCAGUACAUUCAGAUGAUUGAUGUCGGGAGGAAGAUCGUCCAACACCGCCUCAGAGGCUUCUUGAGCGGUGGCAUUGUUUCGUACCUGACGACAUUUAACCUAUCGCCGAGGCAGAUCUGGAUCACCCGCCACGGCCAGAGUGAGGAUAACAGAGUACAAAAGCUCGGCGGCAAUUCGGAGCUGACGGAGCGCGGCCACUUUUACGGGCAAGCUCUGUACAACUUCGUCACGUACAAACGUAAGGAGUGGCUCAUUCACCAAAAGAAUAGAAUUGCCUCCUCGACAUUUCCGCCGAAGCCCGGCGACAACACACCGCCGUAUCCGGAGCUGAACCAGGAGCUGGACGACAAGAACUUUUGCAUCUGGACGUCUAUGCUCAAGCGCAGCGUGGAGACCGCGGAGUACUUUGAGGCGGACGAGGACUACGACGUCAAGGCCUGGGAGAUGUUGAACGAGCUGAACGCGGGCGAUUUUGAGGGCAUGACUUACGAAGAGAUCGCCGAGCAAUACCCCGACGAGUAUGCGAAACGGGCCAAGGAUAAGCUCCAGUACAUUUAUCCCGGGGUAGGGGGCGAAGGCUAUCUCCAGAUCAUCAGCCGGCUACGGGACAUGGUGCGCGAGAUUGAGCGCAUCACGGAACACGUGCUCAUCAUCGGACACCGAUCGGUCUGCCGCGUCCUGAUGGCAUACUUUAUGGAUCUCACGCGAGACGACAUUGCGGAUCUCGACUUACCGCUCGGCAUCUUGUAUGCCAUUGAGCCUAAGCCGUAUGGCAUUGAGUUCCACGCCUACCGAUACAACGAGGAGACGUUCUGGUUUGACGAGAUGCCCGACUACAAGCCUCAGAGAACGGUCGACAGGAACUCGUGAGCGGUCGCUGGUUCGAUCCCGCCCCACACGAACAUACACACACGAGCUCGGGAUGGGGUGCUGUUUCAUCAACACUGGCGUUGGCGGUUAUCAUGAAGGUCAUCAGGGGCCCAUUGACUUGUUUGUUUUUAUUAUCAUGGCGCAUAUACAAGGGGGCGGGGGUGGGCAAUUUUGAUACCUAGGAACGAGAAAUCC